UUGAUUCUCCUUUGAUAAAGACUCCUCCUCCUAUUCUCCUCUCGGUAUAAAUAUAAAAUAAUUUUAUUUGUAUCUGCGCAGAUAAUUUUGCGAAGAAGAAGAAGAAAGGGGAUUUCGAUUCUCCCCUCCCUUCCUUUCCCUUCCCCUUGUUCGUUCCUUUUGCCUCGCUUCGGAGAAAUGGGGAGGCGCAAGCUGGAGAUUAAGCGAAUCGAGGACAAGAGUGCCAGGCAGGUUACGUUUACAAAGAGGAGAAACGGAUUGCUGAAGAAAGCCAGGGAGUUAUCGAUUCUGUGCGAUGUCGAUGUCGGAGUGAUCAUCUUCUCCAGCAGGGGGAAGCUCUACCAUUACUGUAGCACCACCAGCCUGACAGACAUUCUGGAACAAUACCAAAGUCGUGUUGAAACUGAAUCAGGUCCUCGUGAAGGAGUUUCUGGUACACAAGAGCAAUACUCUAAAUAUGCAGGACUGCACACAAGUGUAGAACUCCUCCAUAUUGUGGAAAGGGAACUUGGAGAGCCGUAUGAUGACCAUCUUAGUGUGACAGAUCUUGUACAUCUAGAAAAACAACUUCAGGCUGCUUUAACACGAACCAGAUCAACAAAGACACAUUUGCAGCUGGAUAACAUAUCACGUCUCCAUGAAAAGGAAAAGAUUUUGGUAGAGGAGAAGGAUGAUCUGGGGGAAAAGAUUGCUGGAAGCACUUCAAAUGGGAAAAGAACAAGGUUGAUAUUGGAUCUCAACGUUGUAGCCAACGACAGUGAACUGAUAGAAGAAUAACAUAUAUUGCAUGAACUUGCUCAAAUCAUUUCAGACAUGUAAUUCAACAGCAUUGUGACAACUCAGCUGAAGGGGACUUAGCCAAAAGUUGCUUGCACCUCAUCCUCCUCUGUAUUAUGACACUCAGGCUAUUUCUGUGUAGUGUAAGCUUCUUAAUCCCUUUACUGUAUUAUCACCUUUUUGGCACUACUGAUUUAUCAAUGCAUGAAGUUUCUAAGUUUCGUCAACCAGUGUGAAGUAGUUUUCGUGAGUCGUACCUGUUUAAAGAACUGUUUGUUGAAAACAAAUACUUGGACUCAUGCCUGUUUAAAGAACUGUUUGUUGAAAACAUUUAUUUGGAACUUGUAUGUUAAGUGACUUUUUAUUGGCUUGCAUA